UACUUGUCGAGUCUUGGGUCGACUUAUCGCAACUGCUAGGACUUCGCCUCUCAUAGACAUAUCAGUCUUCGUUCUUGCCUUCUCACAUCACUCCUCCUACAACAGCACGUCGUGUUUCUUCUCAGCACUACUCAACUCACUGUUCGCGCGGCUAUCUUUGACACAUACGAGGUACCGGCAGCGCGAUAUCCUAAAAAGGUUUUGCAUCUCAGCUCGGCCUGAUUGGUUCGCAUUACUAAAGACGGACCCUUCCUUUGUCACUGGCGCCGAAGACUCACAGACGACGGAACGCUUGCAACUCGCCGCUCUCGCUGGGACAGCACAGGUCACGAGGGCACUAGUUUUGCUUGUCGCUGCAUCAUUCCCCCUCUCAAUGCAACAUGUUCGUCGCGCGAUCCUUCAAGUAUACAGAUCGUCCGAGCGAAAGCCGCCGAACGCCCCCGAGGAGUGUGCCACCUCAGCCGACGACGACGAGAGUACACGACAAAGAGUCAUUCGCGAGGCCGCCCGCCGUGUCGCCCACCAUGCACUCCGAACCGGUCGCCAUUCGGUCGUCGAAAUCGAAGCAACACACGCGACAACAUGCACAGCCGAGCACAUCGCAGAGUCCUAGUAGCAUGCCAUCCACACGCAGCACGACACUGCCGGUCCGACGAAAACAAUCCUCUCGCCAUGACCCGAGCGCUCUUCCUCCAUCCGUCGCAGCUUUACUUGCCGUGACAUCGAUCCCACCGCGACGUCCGAACCGAUACCGCAGCAAUCCUGCACGCGACCGACGCAUUUCCAUCGAGGAGCUUGUCAGCGAAUGGAAGAGCGAUGGACUACUCAAACAAAGCUACAGCAGUAGUCCUGCACUGAGCGUCUUGCUGGAGGAUGUAGACUACCUAUACUCGAAGAGCAGUUCAGAUGAGCCCAGCUGCUAUCUUAAUUCGCGGUCGGCGUCCAGCGACUCCAUGCCGUCGCUCACUUCGGACGACCGAUCAGUCAUGUCAAUUGGCAGUCCGCCUACACCAGGAUCACUUCGUAGCAGGAAGUCGUCCUCAAAUCUGAAGCGGGAAAAGGCCCGCUCUCUGCCUGCUGUCGAGGAUUCUUCAUCGGACCACCCACUCGUGCCGCAAUCCGACUCCGAGGACGAAGAACUACUACUGCCCGUGCAAAAGAAGACGCCGGCUUCGCCUAAAUCCGGCUUCUUCAAAUCCAAUCUUACCUUGUCUCUACAAUCCCUCAAAAACUCCAUCUCCUCCCUCGCCCGCAGCAGCAACACUCCACCUCAAUUACCUGGCGGAGCAGCACCCUCAAUCGACCACAUGCUCUGGUCGCAUCCCUUCCUCUUUCCACGUUUCAGUUCAGAAAUUCGUCCGGCAACCGACAGCAAUACAUCCGAGGCUCAAAGACGAUAUCUCAAUCCUGUUCCACUCACCUUUGAAGAAUGGGAGGCGCCCUUCCAACAAGCGCUCCACGCACCUUAUCUUGCGGAAGCCGUCGUCGACGCGCCCACCAUCCAGAUGCAGACGUACAACCGCAGCCGAGGUCGAGGCCGCGGAGGAUCGAAACGAGGCAGUCCCAAUCCCAGCUCGGAAGCCGGACGAGCGCUUCUUGGGCCCGAGAGUGCUCGGCAGAGGGAGGUGCGCGAGAAUUCGGACUUCUUGAGAGUGGUUGUUUUGGAGAUGAACAUGCGGAGAGAAGGCAAGCUGGAGACGGGACGGGCGAAGAUCUGGCUACCGCCGAGGGAGGUCAGUCCUGCUCCCUCCAAGACGGGAAGGGUGCCGAAGCGAUGGGUAGGUGUUAGUGCUUAUUGA